AUUCCUGUUGCACAAUCAAAUUAGCUUGGAGUUGCACCGAUAACAAAACUGGACCAGAUCACACAGAGGACUUUUUUGUGACCAGUCGUGCAUCUGUUGGUCGGCUGGUUUAUGAUUUGGAGCAUCUACAGCACAGGUUCAGAUCUGAUCUGGUCUUUCUCCAGGGAUAUACACGGAAACACUUUGUCGAACAGCAGAGUGAAAGCUGGGCAGAUGGUUUCGACUGCAUCCUUGCCGGCCCUUAUCUUCAUCUGGACAGGAAUAGCUGCUAAACUAGUUGUUCCACCAUGUGACAAACACAUGUUUGAUAGUGAUGUGGACCACUGUGUGUCGGACUUCAACAGGAGCAUGGAGACAGGAGGCUUUCAGGACGGAUGUCCCUGGCCUGCUGCAAAAGGCAUCUACAACAAACUGAAGCUGUGCGUGGAUGAAGGGGCCAAAGCCUCCUGGUGCAGAGGUCAAGGAUUUCUGUUAGACAAGGCCUUCUUGGAGGUUCAUUACAAAUACUUUUGGCAAUGUGGACAGGUUCAAGACCCCCCGCUUUCCACUCUCAUUAUGUUAAUAGCACCUGUCAUCAUUAUCACGCUCCUCAUGCCGAUCCUCUGUGUUAAACUCACCACCUGGAGCACAGAGAUGCCCAGCUCUCUGGCUUUUUUAAAGUUGUCACUCUGUGAGUGGGUCUUGCUAAGUUGUGUACCAAAUAAACAAAGUGAGAAAUAGAUAGUUGCUGUCUGGAUAAGAUAACUGUUUGGCUAACCAAAUAAGCUGCCAACAUAUCUUCUUGACUUUUAUUUGAGAUAUGUCACUCGUGUUGAGAAGAAGAAGAGAUACUUUAUUAAUCCCGUGAGGGGAAAUUCAAUUUUACACUCUGUUGUUGAACAUGCUACACACACAUGCAUAUGCCUAUGUAUAUGCAUUAAUGGAGAGAUUGGGGGGUUGGGGGGUCUGGUGCCUUGCUGAAGGGCACAUCUGCAGUGCUUAAGAAGUGAACUGGCACCUCUCCAGCUACCAGACCAACUUCCAGACUUGGUCCAGUUCCCAACCCAAGUCCCUACAGACUGAGCUAGUGCCAGCCGCUAGAGGAUUCAGGAAAGAUUAAUGGAAAGGCUUUUUACCCAGUGGGACAUUAUCAAGAUGAUGGUUAUUAGUAAUGUCACUUU